CCUACUGCUGCCGCAGAGACAACAAAUUUCAUGACAUAUGCUGGUGCUAUUAAACCUGAUUCUGAUUCGAAUAUGGGAGACCCACCUCCGGUCACCUGAUCCCAGUUACCGCAGAUCGUAAAGCGAGCUUGAAGCCUUUUCCAUUUAUUUGCAUUCCUCAGAAAUGACAAGAGUUCCGUUAAGUUUCCUUCUGAGGUUACAGAGCAGAAGCUCAGUCUGUCUAAUGUUUCCACACAAUUGAAAUGGGGAAUUUGUUUAUUCUGAUCACGUACCGAGCUACAUUGAAUAGCUUGCACGAUGUACCAUCCACACAGAUCAAUACAUUACAACAGUAGAUGGAACUGAUAUACGACAAAACAAUAACUGUAACAAAGCAUUAUGACUGCAGAGAAAGUGCAGUGUAGAUAGAUAUCUGGUGCAGGGUCACGUCGAGUUACAUUGUGAGGUCGAGUCCAUUUUAUCAUUCAUUUGGCUUAUAACCACAGACAGGAAACCGUCCAGAGCCGGGUGGUACGCGCUUUAAGGCUUUGGUAUCUCUUCCCCGAUGGGGGAGCGGGUUUGCAGCAAGAAUGUCCAGGUUAUGAGGAUGUUUGAGUACAUGGCCUGCUUUUCCGAGUCAGGGGAAGUGUAGGAAGAGUCCAUGGAGGGGAGGCUUGUUUCUCUGAUGCUCUCCGCUCUACAAAGUUCUCUGCAGUUCCUUGGAGUCAUGGGCAGAGCAGUAGCCAUACGGAGGCGUGCAGUAUCGACAAGAAGGUCAAAGACCUCGGCCUUCACCCUGUCUUGCGUAGCUGGAUCCUGGACUUCCUGUCAGAUCGCCGGCAGGUGGUAAGAGUGGGCUUCCUCACCUCUGUCUCUCUGACCCUCAGCACACAUACCCCACAGGGUUGUCUCCUUGCCUCCUCCUUUACUCUCCAUGCACCCAUGAAUUGUGUCGCCACCCACAGCUCCAAUCUGUGAAUUAAAUUUGCUGAUGACACUACAUUGAUUGGCCUAAUCUCAAAUAAUAACGAGGCAACUUACAGAGAAGUCAUCACCCCGACACAGUGGUGUCAAGAAAACAACCUCUUCCUCAUUGUGUCAAAAACAAAGGAGAUGAUUGUGGAUUACAAGAAGAAUGGAAACAGGGACCAAAUUCAACAUUUUCAUGUCCGUUAUUGCACACUUUAAUAUUGAUCAUGACACAAUGUAUUUGCUAUAUCGUUAAUGGCAUAGAACAUAUUUAUAGAUUGUUACUGACAGAGAAUCGUAUAAUUGGUGUUCCGUGUGUUACCUGAAUGUACUUGCCUGUGAUGCUGCCAAAAGUCAGUGUUUCUCUGUACCUGUACCUUCCCGUACUUGUGCACUUGGUAAUAAAUUCAACAGGACCUGAGAACUCUCAGUGAGAUUUCAUUAGCGAUGAUCAUCUUGGCAGCUCGUUAGGACGAAUGUAUGAGACAGUACACUGUUAAAUGCAAAACCCUGAACGGUGUUGAUGAUCAGGGGGAUCUUAGACUCCAAGUUCAUCGCUCCCUGAAAGAGACUGCACAGAUUGAUCGGGUGGUUAAGAAGGCAAAUGGAAUGGUUGUCUUUAUUAGUUGAAGCAUUGAGCUCAAAAGUCGGGAAGUUGUGUUGCAGCUGUGACGAGCCUGCGGUCGUACUGUGACUGUUUAAGAGCGCCGGCGUGAGGAGGCGGGACUAUGACGUCAGUCACAGGCUGACAGCGCUAACUGUGGAUUAACCAUGAGAGAGAGCGAUCUGUAGACAGGCAGUCGACCAGUCUAGAGAGGGAGAGACUGGGAAAGCUGAUAGCUUCAGUUAGUCGCAGCUGAGGCAUGGAACUCUGCUAUGCCCAGAAGAGUGGGUUGAUCAUCGGUACACGGAGCAACAACGAAUGCGUGUGGCUGUCACUUCGUAUAAUCCAUAGGACUGGAUUGUGGAAUAUCUUGGGGGACAGCUUAUGUUAACACUUGCCUGGGUAUGUUGUGUGGUAAUCCCUGGUUGACGGUAUUCCUGUGACAGGUCGCUUUCGCUGAUAACUCGUAAGUGGACGGAUUCAACAGAUAAGAACUUCGACGACGGUUAUUUUAAUGUAACGGCCUUUUCGCUGCGUUUCACCCUGGAUUACAACUAUCUCUCUCCCAUCAUUUAUUCCCAUGAUUACUGAACUUUCCAACUUUACCAUCUCAAGACUCUAAGCUGUGUUCCCUCAGGCUCGAUAGUUUGGGGGUUAUAUUUACACAUAUACACAAAUAACACUGUUUCCUUUAUUUUGUUAAGUUACUGUCAGUAGAUACUAAUAAAGAAAUGGUUUAACAUCAAAACCAGACUCCAGUGUGAACUCUAUUGCUGCUGGUUCGUUUCUAAAGCGUUAAUGUUCGUGACACAGCUUUAUAAAACUAGUCAGACCACAUCUGGAGUAUUUCAUACAGUUCUGGGCGCCCCCAUUCUCGGAAGGAUGUCGGGGCUUUGGAGAGGGCGCAGAAGAGGUUUACCAGGAUGCUGCCUGGAUUAGAGGGCAUGAGCUAUAACGAGAAGUUGGACAAACUUGUGUUGUUUUCUCCAGAGCGACGCAGGCUGGGGUGAGACUGGAUGGAGAUGCAAGAUUACGAGAGGAAUAAAUUGAGUGGACAGACGAUAUAUUUCUCCUGGGUGUUAAAAUGUACCAAUACAUUAAAGGUGAGAAACAGAGUAGUGGAUAGCUGGAGUCACUGCCUGGUGUGAAAGAACCGACAAGUCACGUGAUCCAAUUUUCCCCUCCCAUUUAACCAUUUAACCAGUAUCUGCGCGUCUGUUUCCGAGGCCCGGCCCUCCGGAUGAUGUAACAAUCUAUACCGGCAUGCUCACUGUCUCCGUGUGGACCGUGUUUUCCUUUCCGCUCAGCGCAGAAGUGGAUUGACUGCAGCGUCGUUAAAGGAUUAUCGCCUCCAUUGGGGCGAAGGGGGUCGAGAUCACUGUCUGCUGGCCGAAGUUAUCACUUUCCCAUCAUUGGACCUGUGCUGAGAGAUAUUUUGGAGGAAAAACCCCAACUGGAAGGAAAGCACGACUGAAGAUGAGGGAACAACAACAAGGGAACCUUCCAGAGGAUUGAGAGCAUCAACUGGAGAGAACCCAUCUGACUCAGAGAUUCCAGUGAUUCAGUCAGAAUAAAAUUUGGUUUAAAACGACAAGGAAUUUAUCUGCAGGAAUCACGGAUACUACACGCCAAAUUUUCUGUCUGUGUCCAGAUAUCUAAGAAUUGGAGCAAUCGAUCAUUCUUCCUACGCCGACUGUGGGGAGGGAUUCACUUGAUCAUCUGACCGACCGGCACGCCUGUCAUUUUUCUCAUGGGGAACGCCAUUCACCUACCCAGACUGUUGGAAUGGAUUCACUCGGUCAGCUCAACUGAAGGUACAUCAGCAAGUUCACACUCAGACAAGUCCAUUCACCUGUUCUCGGGGUGAGAAGGGAUUCAGUCAGUCUUCCCACCUGUGGACACACCAGUCAGUUCACACUGGGCAGAUGCUGGGCAUCUGCUGAAUUUUUGGGGAAGGAUUCACUCGGUCAUCUGACCAAAUGGCUCACCAGCGAGUUCACACCGGGGAGCUGCCGUUCACCUGCUUGGACUGUGGGAAGGGAUUCAUUUGCUCAUCUAAGCUGAAGGUACAUCAGAGCGUUCACACUGGAGAGAGGUCAGUCUGUGAGAAGAGACUCACUAAGUCAUCCCACCUACAGAGACAACAGGAAGUUCACUCUGUGCAGAGGCUGGUCACCUGCUCAGUCUGUGAGAAGAGCUUCAGCAAGUCAUCCGAUCUACAGAGACACCAGCGAGUUCACACUGGAGAGAGGCCAUUCACAUGCUCAGACUGUGGGAAGGGAUUCACUCAGUCAUCUCAUCUACAGAGACACCAGCGAGUUCACUCUGGGGAGAAACCAUUCACCUGCUCGGACUGUGGGAAAGGAUUCACUCAGUCAUCUCAGCUGAAGGUACAUCAGCGAGUUCACACAGGAGAUAGGCCAGUAACCUGCUCAGACUGCGGAAUGGGAUUCACUCAGUCAUCUCAUCUACAGAGACACCAGCGAGUUCACACUGGCGAGAAGCCAUUCACCUGCUCAGACUGCGGGAAGGGAUACACUCAGUCACACGACCUACUGGUACACCAACGAGUUCACACUGGAGAGAGGCCAUUCUCCUGUUCAGACUGUGGGAAGGGAUUCACUAAGUCAUCUCUUCUACAGAGACACCUGCGAGUUCACACUGGGGAGAAGCCGUUCCCCUGCUCAGACUGUGGGAAAAGGUUCACUGUGUCAUCCGACCUACUGGUACACCAGAGAGUUCACACUGGGGAGAAGCCGUUCACCUGCUCAGACUGCGGGAAGGGAUACACUCAGUCACACAACCUACUGGUACACCAGCGAGUUCACACUGGAGAGAGGCCAUUCUCCUGCUCAGACUGUGGGAAGGGAUUCACUAAGUCAUCUCUUCUACAGAGACACCAGCGAGUUCACACUGGGGAGAAGCUGUUCCCCUGCUCAGACUGUGGGAAAAGGUUCACUGUGUCAUACGACCUACUGGUACACCAGCGAGUUCACACUGGGGAGAAGCCGUUCACCUGCUCACUGUGUGAGAAGAGAUUCACUAAGUCAUCCCACCUACUGCGUCACCAGCGAGUUCACACUGGAGAGAGGCCGUUCACCUGCUCAGACUGCGGGAAGGGAUUCACUUAUUCAUCUGAACUUAAGGUACAUCAGACAGUUCACACAGGAGAUAGGCCGUUUACCUGCUCAGACUGCGGAAAGGGAUUCACUCGGCCAUCUCAUCUACAGACACACCAGCGAGUUCACACUGGGGAGAAGCCAUUCACCUGCUCAGUCUGUGGGAAGAGAUUCACUCAGUCAUCCAUCCUAAUGGCACACCAGCGAAUUCACACUGGAGAGAGGCCGUUCACCUGUUCAGACUGUGGGAAGAGAUUCACUCAGUCAUCCAUUCUACAGAGACACCAGCGAGUUCACACUGGGGAGAAGCCGUUCACCUGCUCAGACUGUGGGAAGAGAUUCACUCAGUCACCUGACCUACUGGUACACCAGCGAGUUCACACUGGAGAGAGGCCAUUCACCUGCUCAGACUGUGGGAAAGGAUUCACUCGGUCAUCUCAGCUGAAGGUACAUCAGAGAGUUCACACUGGGUAGUGGCAAUUUACCUGUUCAGACAUUGGGAUAAGUUUCUCUCAGAUGUCUCCAUCAAAUAUGCAUAAUUGAGCUCAAAUUGGGGAGAGGCUGUUCACCUGCUGUGAAUGUGGGAAGGGAUUCACUCAGUUAUCUAACCUUAUGACACACUAUCGGGUUCACACUGGGGAAAAGGUUUCAAUAAGCUGCAUGCUAGAUAUUUGUCCAUCACCGUUGCUGAAUGCAAUUUUGACAGUGACUAUAUGUGCUGAACUCUGCCACCACCCCCAGUUCUGCACCCUGGUCACUGGGCAUGGGAGGAGUUUCUUCUGUUGCAUAUUCACCUUUAAUGGGAGUGGAGUUUAAUAUUGUGGAUACGAGACAAAUAAAUCUGUUCUAUUUUGAACUCUGUCUCCAGUACUUAGUGAAGUUAUAACAUACCUAAUGAACAGUAAAGAGUCAAAUCAGGUUGGCUGCACCCUGCCAGUGAUUCUGCUCUAGGGCAGUCCUUUUCAAUUCUCCCCUGUUGUUCAUCUCUCGUUCUCCCUCUGGUGAUGGGUUCCAAACAGUCACCACUCUGUGGGUGAAGAGGUUCCCCUUGAAUUUUCUGCAGACUGAAGAAGUCAUGUCGACUGCAGUUCUGUCUGAGAUGUUCUAUGCCCCUCAAAACUUUGGGCUGGGGAAGAAUGACAUUAGUAGUUAAGCUCCUUAUUCAGGGCUCAUUUCCACAUAUGUGUCAUUUCCCUUCUUCUAAAGCGUUAACAUGGAGGUACGUACUCGUGGGUAUCUUGUACUUGUCACGUGACAGUGGUGUUGAUCUGCUGGACAUGAGGUAAUGGUCUUGUGAUGGUGGAGUGACAUCAUUUUCCCGCCAGUGAGUGGUCAUGUGAUAGGUUUUUCCAACAGGGUAUAAAAGCAGGACCCCUCCUUGUGAGGAGGUAGUUCAUAGUGGAACUGCUGUAUCGCUGCGUAUUUGCUAUAGUGACGUGGUUCCUUUUAAAAGUGCAGUUUUACUUUCUACCUUGAGUCUAAAAGGUUAUCUCCGGCAGUUUUGUUAUAAUACUGCCAGUUAAAUUCAGUGGAGUGUGAAGAUUCGUCAAAAGUCGGGAAGUUAAAAGAUCGAGGAAAGUUGAUUUCGAUGGUAAAGCAGGUUCAACCUUGUUUGAUCCUGAUUUGGAAGUAAUUCGUCAGCUGUGCCCAUGAUAACUCCUGUUCUGCCGGGAGAAUUGAGGGUUGGGUAUAAAGUUUUGCCAAAGACAGGUCAGUACCUUUAAGCUGUUUCAUUGUCCUCUUUGUAAAUUCUCUGGGAAAAGCAUACUUCGAGUGGGAACAGCAGUAACACGAUGUGAAAGAGAAUUUAAAUUGUUUCCAGAAGUCUCUCCGAAGCAACUGAAUAAAACUUUGAACUUUCACAUUACUACUUGUAAGAACUGUUUUGCGUCAUUGCUGUAAGAACUGUUUUUGCAUUAUCGCUUUAAGAAAGGUUCAAGCUGCCGCACAGCAGCUGACUUCCGGUUAAGUUGGUCGUUUGUUUAUUUUUGGGCUUUUUAGUAGUGUUUAAUAAAUGUUUUAUUUGUUAUAUAAAAAAAACCUGCCUCAAUUAUAUAUUCAUUUUUGCUGGAUUCCAUAACAUUAAAAAUGGGAGCUCAUGGAAUGAACCAUUUUUGAGUUUAAAUGCUUGUUUGAUUUUGAAUCGGUGUUUUGGAAAAGGGGAAUACUUGAUUCUUUUGCUUGAUCGGCUUGUGUGUGGUAUUCAGCAACAAUGGAUAUUGAAGAAUUCCUGGAAUCGCCUGAUUGGGAGUUAUUAGCGAAGGGGAAAAAAAAGUGAUGUAUCUGAGAUUGCUAGUAGGUUUGAACUUAAAGGUAUUUCGAGGUCUACAUCAAAGGCUGUAAUACAGAGAAAAAUUGCAUCACACUAUGUAGAUUUAGGUGAUUUUGAUGAAUCAACUUUUGAUUUGUUUCCAAUAAGUAAUCUAGAGAUACAGUUACAAAUAGAACAACUGAUGUUAGAGCAAAGUAAAGUGGACCUACAGCUUUGUAUGUUGGAAGCUGAAAAUAAACAGAGGGUAUUAGAACUUAAGAUGGAGGAAUUGAUGUAUGUGAAUCAGUCUCCUGGUUCUAGAUAAAUGUUUGUUGUUAGGAAAUUAAAUUGGUUCCUCCAUUUUGUGAAACAGAAGUAGAAAAAUAUUUUCAGCAUUUUGAAGCUAUUGCUCUGAUUUCAGAGUGGCCGAAAAAGAAAUGGUCAAUGUUGUUACAGAGUGUAUUUAAAGGCAAAGCUGCUGAGCAAGCACUUGACUAUGAUACUGUGAAACUGCACAUGUUGAAGGUGUAUGAUUGGUCCCAGAAGCAUAUAGAGAAAGGUUCAGAAAUUUGAAGAAAUCUGUGGAAAACCUAUGUGGAAUUUGUCUAUGAUAAAGCUGUAUGUUUGGAGAGAUGUGUUUCCUCUACAAAUGUAAAUGGGGACUAUAAUAAAAUAAAGAGCUGAUUUUAGUGGACGAAUUUAAAAGAAGCAUCCCUGUUGAAGUAAGGACAUACUUAAAUGAGAGAGACACUGCUACCUUGCAGGACUCUGCUAGAUUAGCUGAUAAGUAUGUUUAAUCCAUAAGAAUAAAUUUCCUCAGGGUAGAACUUUUAAAAGGAAAAAUAACGCAGAGACUCAAGGUAAAACAGAAAUUAAAUCAGAAGUUAGUGUGAAAGGUAAGAAGGAAGGAAAACCUGUGAAGGAAAGACAAUUUGGUCCUAUCUGUAACUAUUGUAAGAAACCUGGUCAUGUAAUAGCUAAAUGUUUCUGAUUGAAAAAGAAAGAGAAGGAAGCUUGUCUGCAACAUACAGAAAUUCUUGUAAAUCCCCAGGGUUUGAUAAAUACAAAUGACGUUUUGUUAGAGUCUGACCAAGUUAAAAAGGGAUAUGAUAAUGUUAUAACUGGCGAGUUUGUUUCCUUGAAAGAAGAAUCCACUCCGGUGACAAAAAAGAUCCUUAGCGAUACUGGAGCUUCACAAUCACUGAUGUUAGACAGUGUAUUGAAGUUUAGUGAAGAGUCUGAUACUGGUGAGGUAAAUUACAUAUGAGGUAUUGGGAGUAUGGCUUAUGGCUGUACAUUUGCGUGAAGUAAAUUUAAUUUCAGUGUUAGUGACAGGACCUGUUAAAGUAGGACUACAGCCUAGCUUACCAGUGAAGGAAAUGAUUGUUGGGUAUUGUUAGGUAAUGAUUUAUUAGGUGGACAAGUUUUUCCUGAAGUGCAUUUGACAAUGGAGUCAAAGGAACCACAGAUGAAUUCUAACACAGAUUCUUCCUGUGUUGUGACUCGAGCUAUGUCUAAAAAGAUUGAUGUGCAGAAUGAGGUUGUUACGCAUGACUGUUCAAUUCAGGAUUCGAGUUUUGAGGAUGUGUCAGAAACUUUCUUACCUUCACUGUUUGAACAAAAUUCUUGGAGUAAGUCUGUCCAUGAUGAUUUGUCUCUGUCCAGGAAGGAGAUGUUAGCAGAGCAGAGUAGAGACCCUGAGAUAAUUAAAUUAAAAGAACAAGCUCUUCCAGACAGUAAAAUUGAUAGGGUGCCAGUAGGAUAUUAUUUUGAAAAAGGAGCAUCAAUGAGGAAGUGGAAAUCGCCUGCAAUUCCUGCAAGUGAUGAAUGGAAUAUUGUUCACCAGGUAGUUGUUCCUAAAUUUUAUCAAAAUGAGAUUUUAACUUUAGCUCAUAGUGUGCCCUUGGGUGGACAUCAAGGGGUAAGGAAAACUGUGGACAGAUUUUUAAAACAUUUUUACUGGCCUAGUUUACGAAAAGAUGUGGCGAUGUUUUGUACAAUGAGCCAUACUUGUCAAAUUCUGGGUAAACCAACUCAAGUUACACCACUGGCUCCAUUGCAACCUAUUCCAGCAUUUGGUGAACCGUUUUCUAAAAUUAGUAUAGAUUGUGUAGGUCCAUUACCAAAAACAAGAACUGGUUAUCAGUAUUUGUUGACUAUCAUGUGCACUGCGUCUAGGUUUCCAGAGGCUGCACCACUUAGGAAUAUAACAGCUAAAACUGUAACAAAGGCUCUUAUAAAUUUUUUUACUUAUUUUGGAUUGCCUAAGGAAAUGCAAUCUGAACAAGGCAAUAAUUUUUUGUCUGGAUUAUUUCAACAAAUAGUUUAUAAAAUUGGGAGUUAAGCAAAUUACUUUGCGUACCAUCCAGAGUCACAAGGUGCUUUGGGGAGGUUUCAUUCUACCCUCAAGCCUAUCGUUAGGAUGCAUUGUGUGGAAAAUGAAUGUGAUUGGGAUGAGGGUAUCUACUUACUUCUAUUUGGAGUAAGGGAGUCGGUGCAGGAAUCCUCAGUCCAUUUGAACGUGUGUUUGAGCAUAGGACCUUUAGCUUUAUUAAAAGAGCAAUGGAUUAAUAAGGAGGUACACACUAAUUUGUUGGACUAUGUUUUGAAACUUAAGGACAGAUUACAUAAAGCUUGUAGUUUAGCUGGGGAGAAUUUAAAAUUGGCUCAGGAGAAAAUGAAAUCCUGGUACGAUUAAGAAGCUAGGAUGAGGAUGGUUAAGCCUGGAGAUAGUGCUGGUUCUUUUCCCAGUGCAAAUGAAUCCUUUACAAGCUAACUUUCAUGGCCCUUAUGAAAUUGUGUCGAAAAUCAAUGAUGUGGAUUAUGUGAUUAAAAUCUCCAGAUCGUAGAAGGCCAACUCAACUUUGCCAUAUAAAUAUGAUAAAGUCAUAUUAUGAGAAACAGCCUGCUACUGUGACUGUUGUGGUCAAUAGUAAUGAGUCUGAUCUCACUAGGAACAUAAUAGAUGAUUCAUCUGAAACUCAUUCUAAACCCAACAUUGUUUCUGCCAGGUUACCAAACUCAACCAUUCUGGAAAAUGUUGAUGAGAAAUUAGCACAUUUACAACCAGAACAGAAGCAGCAGAUGAAACAAUUAAAUUCUAAAUAUAAGGAUUACUUUCCAGAUGUUCCAAGAAGAACCACAAUAGCUUCAAAUGAUGUAGAUGUUGGAGAUGCCAAACCCAUUGAACAACACCCAUAUAGAAUGAACACAGAAAAAUGUGAACUUGCUGAGAAAGAAAUUGAAUAUAUGUUAGAGAAUAACAUUAUUAGACAUUGUAACUCAAAUUGGAGUUCACCCUGUGUUAUGGUGCCAAAACCAGAUUGUAGUAUUAGGUUCUUUACGGACUAUAGAAAGCUGUAACAAAAACAGAUGCAUAUCCAAUUCCUAGAGUAGAUGACUGUGUAGAUAAAGUUGGAAAGGCAAAGAUCCUUACAAAGAUUGAUUUAUUGAAAGGGUAUUGGUGUGUUCCAUUAACGGACAGAGGUAGAGAGAUUUUUGCAUUUGUAACUCCAUCCGGGUUAUAUGAAUAUAAUGCUCUUCCAUUUGGGAUGAAGAAUGCCCCAGGUACUUUCCAGAGGAUGAUUAACUCUGUGAUUCAGGGAUUAUAGGAUACUGAUGCUUAUAUUGAUGAUUUAGUGACAGGGAAUAAUACUUGGAAAACAAAUGAUUGCGGUGGAGAAAUUUUUUGAAAGGCAUUCAAAAGCUAACUAAACUAUUAAUUUAGCUAAGAGUGAAUUUGGACAUGCCACGGUGACUUACCUUGGUUAUGUUGUGGGUCAAGGUAAGGUAGAUCCUGUUCAGGUAAAAGUUCGGGCAAUUUUAGAGAUUCCCACUCCAACGGGGGAAAAAAACUCUCAGAAGAUUCUUGGGAAUGGUAGGAUAUUAUUGGAAAUUUUGUAAGAAUUUUGCUAAUGUUGCCCUUCCAUUAAUUAACCUUUUGCAGAAGAAUGUGAAGUUUGUGUGGACAGAGCCUUGUCAAGAAGCAUUUGAAAAAUUGAAAACAAUGAUAUGUCAGCAACUUGUGCUUAAGGCACCUGACUUUGAAAAACCUUUUUCAUUAGCAGUAGAUGCUAGUAAUGAGGCUGCAGCAGCAGUAUUAAUGCAAAGGAAUGAGGGUGAUGAGGUUGAUCAUCCAGUAGCUUACUUUUCUAAGAAAUUUAAUAAGCAUCAAAGAAACUAUUCAACAAUAGCGAAGGAAUUGUUAUCUCUUUUUUUUAGCUUUGGAAUAUUUUGAGGUAUAUGUUGGUACAACUCAAAAACCACUUAUUGUUUACACUGAUCAUAAUCCGUUAGUUUUUCUGAGUAAGAUGAAACACAAAAACAGAAAGUUAUUAAAUUGGAGUUUGAUGUUACACUACAACAAUAUUGAGAUAACUCAUAUUAAAGGUAAAGAUAAUGUUUUUGCUGAUUGUCUUAUCUCGAUGUUGAAUGUACAAUGUAAUUUUUUUAUGGAGUUUUUUUUUCCAAUUGUAACACUCCUACUGUAUUGUGAUUUGUAAGAUUUUAUGUGAUGGUAUUGUAUAUUGUGUAUGUUAUAUAAUUUAUAUAUUUGUUUUUCUUGUCAAUAAUUUUUGAAAUUUUUGCUCUUGUCAGACCAAAAAUGUUUUUUUUUGGAGGGAGGUGUUACGUACUCGUGACACGUGACAGUGGUACCCUUGUCACGUGACUGGUGUUGAAGCUAUACUGGACUUGAGGUAGUGGUCUUGUGAUGGUGGAGUGACGUCAUUUUCCCGCCAGUUGAGGUCAUGUGACAUGUUUAUUUUACAGCGGAUAAAAGGAGGACCCCUCCCUGUGAGGAGGGGCUGUUCGUGGCUGGAUUUGCCAUGUUGACUUCAUGCCACGGUUUGAUUUAAUGUUAUGACGCAGUUUAGUUGACAGAUGAAGUUUUAUCUAAUGCCUAAAGUUUAAAAGGUCAUUGCCAGCAGUUUCUUUACAAUACUGCAAGUUAAGAAUAAGUGGAGAGUGAAGAUUGGAGUUCCUGGGAUAGAAGAUCAAGGACAAUCGAUUUCGACGGUGAAACGGGUUUGACCUUGUUUGAUCCUUGUUCGGAAGGAAUUCGUUGACUGUUCUCGUGUUAAUCCCUACGAAAUAGUAGAAAGGAUUGAGAAUAGUUCUGUAAAGGAAUGGCCAGUGACUUUAAGCCGUUUCGUUUCGUAAAAUCUUCGUGAGAAAAGUUCGAUUUGGGAAUCGAAACAACAUGACGUGAAAGAGAAUUUAAAUCGUCUUAAGAAGUUUCUCCCUUAAAUGGACUGUGAGCAUUUUGAACUUUUGGCAAUACUACUUUUGAGAACUGUUUUUGCAACAUCCCUUUAAUAACUGUUUAAGCUUCAUUGCUUUAAGAACUGUGUAAGCUGCGCACAGCAGCUGAUUUCCGGUUACGUUAGUGAUUUGUUUACAUUUGUUUUUUUUUCAGUGUUUAAUAAACAUGUUAUUUAUUAUAAAAA